AUGUCCAUCGACGAUGCCGCGACGUGCGUGGCGUACGACGACACCAGAGUCGCUUGCGUCGUCGGCACCGCCACCGGUGCGAUCGUUUUUCGCGAGCGCGCCGUCGCGAACCGAUCCGUCGGCGCCGAGGAAUCCGCCGACGUCGCGUCCUGGCCGCGCGUCGCUCGCGAACGCGUCCCCUCGGCGUCGUCCAUCACCGCGAUCGCGCUCGCGGACGCAUCGUGCGGACGCGUCGUCGCGGCGGCGAGUUCGAGCGGGGAGAUUUCGUUCUGGCGCGCGCGAAGCGACUCGAACGGCGACGCGUCGCUCGAGCUCGCGGGCGCGUUGGCGGUCGACGGUGGCGUUUCGAUUCACGCGCUCGCGUUCGCGCCAUCGAAUGAUGGUACGAUCGUCCUCGCCGCGGCGUGCGCGGACGGGAUGUUGAGGUUUUACGAACCGCGCGAGAAGACGACGGCGACGGUUUGGGAGACGACGGGUGAAUAUGAGAGCGCGCGGCCGAACGGGACCUGCACGGCGGUGGCGUGGAGACGCGCGAGCGAACGAACGGGGAUCGCCGAUUUCCCCGUGCUCGCUCUCGGGACGUCGUGGGAGAGCGACGCGACACACUCGGUGAGCGUAUUGGCGAGAGACGAAAAGAUGGGACGGUGGCGCGUCGUGGACGAGCGCGCGGACGGACUCACGGCGCGGGUGUCGUGCUUGGCGUGGAGCGCCACGACGACCGCUCGCGGAGCUUUGAAUCUCGUCGCCGCGUGUGGGUCCAAGUGCGCGGUGUACGAGUUCGAGGGCGUCACCACGAGCGGCGUGAGCAAGGCGACAGAGCUCGGGCGUCUGAACCAUCCGUGCGAGGUGAACAGCGCGGAUUGGAACGCGAGCGGAAGCGUCAUAGCCACCGCCGCCACGGAUGGGAAGAUUCGAUUCUGGAGCGCGAAUCUCAAAGAUGGGGCUUGGCGCGAGCAAGAGGUGUAG